CCGCCGCGCCCGCUCGGACAUGCUGAGCCGGGGGCCGGCGGCGCCAGCUGCGGCGCCAGCUGUUCCAGAUGUGCCGCCGCCGCCGCCGCCCUUCAGCAUCGCGGCGCUGCUGUCCGCCGCGCCCGAGCCCGAGCCCGAGCCCGAGCCCGAGCCCCGCGCGCCGCCGCCCGCCUGGCCCCGCUGGGCGCCCCCGGCCGCGCUGCCCCUCGCCUGCGUCCUGCCCUGCCCCGCGCUCUACCUCUGCCCCGGGCCCUGCGCCCAGCCCACAGGUCUGGAGCUGUCUCGCUGUGUAGGCACUGGCUCCCUGGGCCCUCCUGUUCCUUGGAGGUCAGGGGGGCCCUGUAAGAUGAAGAGGAUCCGCACCGUCUUCAAGCCGGAGCAGCUGGAGAGGCUGGAGCAGGAGUUUCUCAAGCAGCAGUACAUGGUGGGCACAGAACGCGUGGACCUGGCAGCCACCCUGCACCUCACAGAGACUCAGGUGAAAGUCUGGUUCCAGAACCGGAGGAUCAAAUGGAGAAAGCAAAGCCUGGAGCAGAAGAAAGCGAAGCUGUCCCAGUUCGGAGCGCCGCCGCCUGUCUCCUCUGACUUGACAGACACCAAGGACACCGAGGAGGAUGCGGUGGACAUUGAGCUUUAAAUGACUCAAAAGCUUCCUGCUGUGGUGUGGUAGGAAGUUGAUGCCCACGUCCAGGGAGCAGAUGGAUGGAGGAAGCUACUGGGGCGUGCUGGCCUCGGUGCUCCUCUGGGUCACUGAAUGGCUGGGCUGAUUUCUGGAGAUACAGGGUUACGUUCGGGAUGAGUCCAUGGUGCGCAACACCCAUUGCCCGGCAGCCUCACGCUGCCAUCCCUGGAGCUCGCCCCAUGGCAUUGCCAGCUCCCAUGACAAGGCCGUGGGGGAUAAGUUUGGCUAACUCAUGAGUGAGUCUUCUUUUCAGCUGAACUACAGGAAAGCGCAGAACGUCUCGAGAACGGGUCUGCCCCUUGGAGAGUUCAAAUCCCCAUCUGCACACCCGUGCAUGCAAAGCCACUGUGUUGUAUCAAUGCCAAGGUCCUGCUGAGCUGCUAGAGAGCAAAGCCCUGGAAGCAGGGGGUGGGGGACGGUAAGAAUCCAGCAUGGUCUUUUCCCCUGGCUGAUUUUGUUUCUACGUGUGAUGUUCAGGUCUAAAAAACCCCCCCAAAAAACCAAAAAAAGGGCUUUGCUGAAUUUGCAAUAAAAUAAGUGGGCUGUGACAGAGCUCGGGCAGAAUGAGCAGCAGGCCAAAAUCCAGGGCCCUGAUUGCUUUAGCAGGAGCUUUCCCGCAGGCCCAAUCCUGCUGCUCUUUUGUGCCGGACCCAAUCCUGACCUUGUACCUUCACCAGCCUCCGAGGAGUUUUCUGUGAUCAGGCCCAUCACUCGGAGACUGCAGGAUCGGGCCCUAAAUGAGGGCAUUUUUAGUGCCUUGAGUAAUUUUCUCAGAAAGCCACAAGUGCCUCGGGCUUAGAGCAGUGGUUCUCAACCAGGGCGCCUUGAGAUCCUUUCAAGGGUGCCACUGUUGAGUGGGCAAACAUGGUUUAGGGAUGUAUUUGGUAGCUGUGUUGUUCUGCGACCAAAAGAAAUGCAAAAAUCUAGAGCUCUUGGUUCAGAGAUGAUCCCUUUUAUUAGAUCAACUGAGAAAUUGCAAAAAAAUUACAGAAAAAGAUCAUUUUUUUGUUGCCAUUUCUCAGUUCGUCAAAUAAAAGGAAUCAUCUCUGAACCAAGAGCCCUAGAUUGUUGCAUUUCAAACAUAAUGUACAAACCCAGAGGUUUCAACCAGGAAUCCUUACUGUUAAAGACACCCUGAACGGCUGUGGUUUUUCUGGGUUCCUUGCAAGAGAAGACUUGCUCUAUUAUUUUCCUGUAGGCAAAAAAACAAGUUAAAAUGAAGAGCUGGCAUUUUCCAGGAGGUGCCUCGAGUCUAUCAAGUGGUGCCUGGAGCCUAAAAAGCCUGAGAGCCGCCGGCUUAGGAGCCUGAGGGAUGCAUGCUUGCAUGCAUGCAUGCUUUGCUUGCAAAACCCAGAUCAGAAAACUCUGUAUGUCUGUGCAUACAACGUGAUGGCUUCCACCUUGGAUAUGAUGUUCGGUCACUGGGCUGCACCGAGCUAUUCCAGGGGAGUUUCAGGUCUGCUCCCCUAACAAUGCAGUGAAAACUGGAUCCCAGCAGUAACACAGGCUCCCCAAUCCUCUCGCUCAUCAUUGCCUGGACGUGCUCACCGUGUCAGGCUCCUGUAUCUGUCCAAGUCGGACCUGCUCUCUCCCAGGUGGGUGGUGAGCAGGCUGCCCCCAUGUCUCAGGAUAACUUAUUGUGCCUCAUUUUGGACCAGAACCCUGUCCACCACUUGGUGUUAUUUAUAUCCUAGGAAUAGCCCGAUUUGGGGAAACAGUAAUUUAUUUAUUUGUUUUGUAUCAGAAUAAAGUCUAGUCUAUUUUAAAGGAGAGACAAUAAGAUGGGAGUGUCUUGGAGGACGUGGAUGGAGAUGGUUUUUUCUUUACAAGCGUGUGGGCAUUUUGGGGUGGUUCAGGGCAGGUUGGAUGGAGGCUGGAGGCCCUGCACGGCCCUUGCAGAAGGCUCAGGUAUUCUGUAUGCUGCUUUCCCCACGUCCGAGGCAGAGAUUUCCUGCUGUCACAGCAGCCCUAGGAUCCUGGGAUGAUCCAGAAGGAAAGAUCAUGUGCUCAAAGGUUGCAGCACUGCAAGAAGGUCAAGCAACACAGCAUGGGAUUGCUUGGUGAUCCAGGGUGCCCGUCCCAGCCAUAGAUGACCCAGACAGUAAGCAGACACCCCAAUGUGCUAAGAGAUGCCUCCUUUCUGGGUGCAAGAAGCAUAGCCAGCUGUCCUGCCCCACCUUUGCUCACCUCAUUUUGCACCAUAUGCCUACAGAUGCAUUUGCUUCUGAAGCUCUCAGGCUAAAGGAGACUCUCCAUUAAGCGCUAGCAGUAGAGGACCUAUGACACGCUGCCAAGAAGUUCAGGGUGCAGCCAGAAGAAGGCAGUCGUCUCAUGGUAGAUGUGCUUAUUGCCUGAAAAAUGGGCUACGUUGCAUUUUAAGAGACUGUCACUACAAAUAAACUCUCGUUGAAAAGCA